AUGGCCCUCUUGCUGCUCCUAUUCUCCUGGGACCUCAAGGGCCCACCCAACACGACGAUAAUCGUGACCUUAUCCCCUCGGAGUACUCAUGGUUCCAAUUGCCAGACCAGAGUCAUCAGCCUUCCACUGGGAUGUGGUGAAACGUCCCUAUUCCAGGGUCAUUCUCCAUUAACAAUUUCCAGGACGGAGUCGUUAUCUGCAGUCAACUAUGGGUUAUGUGAGGCCAAAAUGAUAUUCACCAAUGGCGAUGGACCCACAUUCCUGAACACCCCGAUGGGUUCAAAUUUCUUAUCGACCUUAACUGGAUCGACAAACACGCUGCUACAAGUGGGCGAAUUUGCACCACCACCACCUACAUCCCACCCUGUCCAAGGAUUUCCGCCACCUCCUCCAGAGACUGAAGCCAUUCCACCUGCAACCUUGACAACAAGGCACUUCCCUGCAGCUCAGCACCAGCAUAUGGCAGCAGCUGAGGAUGAUGGAGCCGGGCCUUUGAUGAAUCCACAGGCUAAUAUGCCCGGACCUAGCAGCAUGGCCCGAAAGGGCAAACAAAAAAAGGCCUAA